AUGAAGUCACUGUCGUAUGUGUACCUGUGUCUGAUCUUCAUCUUAGCACAAAUACCAUUCUUUGUUGAAUCUUCAAAAGAAGUUACAAAUAUAGAGAUUACAACUAAGAGUGGGAUUAGAGAUUCCCUAAAUGCAAAUCAAUGGACAAAAAGGAAAAGUAUGCAUCACAAAGAACACAAAAGAGGAAGACACAACAGACACUCUUCAGCAAAGAGAUAUUUUGAGAAACAGCUGUUGGUUAGGAACAGAACACUGGCUUUACUAGGAACCGGAAUGGAAAAAUUUCUCCCAAACGCUGUGGAUCUAUUGGACAUAAACCCACAAGAACUUCCAGGGGAAUCUCCAUUUCAAAAAUGGCACAAUCAUGGAAAGAAAAAUACUGAACUAGAAGUAAACAACACAAAGCCAAAUUUACCAGAUGAAAUUCUCAAACGAAACCAACUUCUUGAUUUGGAAGAAGAUCAAAGUUUCUCUGAUGUCAGGGGUGAUCAAAUGAUAGGAUAUGAUUACAGAUAUGAGUCAGCGAAAGUUGAAGACACUGAGGUUCUACAACUGAACCUGGGGAGAGCUUUAAAAACGUUACUGAGAAUAUUCUCCAUCUCAUCAAACAACAAAACUGAAACCAACCCAUGCAAAAAGUGGAUGGGUUGCAAGAAGCAGUUAAAACAAGUGCUUAUGGGUCAGUUGCCAUCUUGUCCUUGUGAAUACCCGAGCAGCAUCUUCUAUGAAGACAAAGUGUGGGACAAGAGGUUAGGAAGGUAUUUCCGCUGGAAGGACGCCAGUGGGGAGAGAUUGGACGUUUACAAACCUGGGGCGGAUUACUGCAUAAGAAGUUUGAUUAACCAGGGUUCUUCAAGCCUGGCAGUGCAACAAUGCUGCUAUGAUAGACACCGAAGACUCAUCACCAGAGGUUCUGGAGCAGGGACUCCCAACCUGAUCAGUCCGGAUAUCUCCCCUCAGCUGCACCACUCCGUGGAUAUCCUUCCUUGGAUACUGUGUAAGGGAGACUUCACGAUAUACAACAGAGCCAGACCCCCGGAUAAUGGACUCAACUGCUCUGUAAACCCUGUGGCUAGAGAGUUCAACAGACAGAUCCAUCUAGCGAAGUACUUCUGA